AUGGCGAAUAAUUUUAAUUCAACGUAUCGGAUUAUUGACAAGUUAAGACGAUCCGAUUCCAAUGAAAAAGCUGAUCAACAUUCUCGGACUUAUUUAAUAUCGAAUCAAAAUGAACAAAAUGAAGCAAACUAUAUUUUAAGAUUAAUCAAUCUGGAGAACUUAACAAAUCUAUCUGAAUUUAUUACAGAUAUUUCAUGGUAUAAACAAUUCAAUCAUUUUAAUUUAAUGUCACUUAAAGAUUGUUUUCUUAUUGACACGAAACUUAAUCUUGUCAAACCCUAUGCUUCGUUUGGUUCUUGUGCUGAUCUUCUAAAUUCAAAUCCGUUUGGCGUAUGUGAACGAUUAAUUGCUCACAUUAUAUGGCAAACACUACAAGCCAUUCGUUAUCUUCAAGACAGACAUAUAUUGCAUCGUGGCAUUGCUUCCAAAAACAUAUAUGUCUGUGAUGAUGGUCGAGUCUUAUUAGAUGAGUUUUCUCAUUGUAUAUCAAUGAUAUCACCGUUUGAUGGCAAACUACGAAAACAAAUAUUUGAUUAUACAGAUAAACUAAAAGAUCAACUUCUGUAUUUAGCGCCCGAAAUUAUUUAUCAAAAUUCUGAUGGCUAUAAUUUAAAAAGUGAUGUGUACAGUUUGGGAAUGGUUGCAUGCGAACUUGCUAACGGUAGUAACAGUUAUCGUAAUAUGACCUAUGGAAAUUUAAAUAUAUUGUAUGCGAAAAUCCAAGGUUCGGAACCCAUUUUACUCGAUGGAACACAAUUAACGGACGAAAUGAUCGGACUCUGUGAUAGCAGCAAUAGUUCAUACAUUGAAGAAAUUAAAAAAAGAAAAUAUACAAAAGAAUUUCAUUCAUUUAUUAAAUCAUGUGUAUCCACAUGUCUGGAAUCGAGAUGUUCAUUGGAUGAAUUACAAAGUCAUGCAUUUUUCAAGUUUCAAAAGCGACUAAGUCGCGAUCGAAAUUCACUUCAUUGUGAUAUGGUUAGCUUACUUGAAACUUACAAGAAAAAGAGACCCAUCAACAAAGAAAUAAACCACUUGGAAGAAACAUCAUGCAAUUUUCCAACAAAUGAUUACAAUGAAAAACGAAAUUUAACAUGGGAAUUUUAA